AAGUAUUACACUCUUGACAGACUGACAGAUAAUUUUAAAUCGGGGAUGGGGUGCUCCAGGCAUCCAAUGCAGUCACCACAACACUUUGGAACAGACAGAAUAAUGAAGGAGAAGGGAAAAGUGCAUACAGGAGAUGUAGACUGCUGCUAAUUGUACACAAACAAACACAUCGACAGAAACAGUCGUUCAUUGAUAAGUUGUCAUUGGUAAAAGUUAGACAUUUGUCGAUAUUGUUUCGUAAACAAUGUAUUUCAUUCAUAGGGUUACACACGAUUGAUUCGCAUUUAACCCUUCACGAUAUUAAAAGAAUGCCUUUUAUUUUGAAAUGCCCUCUUCUGAAUGAGGGCACGGACUUCCGCCCUCCCUUGUGCAAGGUUUUGUUGUCAUCAAGCCUCUCGGGUAGUUCUGCGAUCUGAGGUCUCCAAGGUUGAAAUAAACAUAAAAGAUAUAACGUGCUCCUGUUUUUGGGCUAGCCGUUGGAGCUACCAGACCCUGACUCUACCUUUAACCCUGGUCUAUCUCCUCUCGUAUCAGGGUCUGGGUGACACAAAGGUCGAGGUUUUACGUUUUGUAAACCUCAAAGGUCACCAGCCAUGGAAAAAAGACCUUCGUCCAAAAAGGUGUGUGGCGUGUGCGGCUGCAGCUUCGCCACCCGCCAGGGGCUGUCCAGCCACGCCCGCUUGCACCUGCGCCACCUCGGGGUGCCGCUGUCGGAGUGUACCAACGGGCCCAUCGCGCUGCUCUACGAGCUCAAGGAGAGCAAAGGCUCCCAGCUGGACUUCACCCUGGACCCCAAGACCCCCAUGGUGCCCCCCGGCCAUGAGGUACAGAGCCACUCAAAGACGCUGUUUGAGGAGCUCCCCGCCCCGAAGGAUCCUCUGCUGGGAUCUCUCACCGGUGGGACCAGUGGUGUCGCCGCCGCCCUCCCACUGGUCUCUCCCCAUAAAAGGACAGAGUCCAGGGACGUCGAGGCCCCGAGUUCGAGCUCCAAACAGACGACACUGAAACCAAUGUGGGCCCCGCAGGACACGGACGCCCCUCUGUCCUUGGUGUCCGACGCCAGCGACGAGGUGCACGUGUGCCGAGUGUGCGGCGCGUGGUACGAGACGCGCAAGGGCCUGUCCAGCCACGCCCGGGCCCACCUGAGGCAGCUCGGCGUCUCGGACGCCAGCUCCAAGAUCAGCCCCAUCGCGCUGCUGUACAGCCUCAAGAGCCUCCCGCCGGAGGACCCCCGGCCCGGGACCCCUCAGUCCCCCCAGUCCAAACCCGCCGCCGCCGCCGCCGCCGCCGCCAAGCGCCCCUCCCUGGACCCCCCCGCCUCCACCAGCGCCCUCCCGGCCGCCCCGCCCGCCAAGCGGCCCAAGGUGCCGAAGGAGUUUGUGUGCGUCCUCUGCGGGGAGCAGUUCGAGAACCGCAAGGGCCUGGGCAGCCACGCGCGCUCCCACCUGCGGCAGAUGGGCGUGUCGGACAUGCUGGGGAAGACCUCGGCGGUGGACGCCAUCGAGGAGCUGGCCAGCAGCGGCGUGCUGGCGGACAUCUGGCCCCUGACCAAAGGGGCGGCGGCCAAAGCCAGGGCGCAGCAGUCGGCCCCGUCUCCGGCGCCAGCCCCGCCCCCGGCGCCGCCGCCGCCGCCCCCCGCGUCGUCCCCCCCCAGCGGCAGCGCUCUGUCCGGCCCCGGCCUCCCCGCGCCCGUCGGCAAAGCCCCGAAGGCGAAGAAGGGGUUCCGGCUGGCGGUGGACCCCCAGCUGAAGAAGCCCAAGCGGGCGCCGCUGGACACGGGGGAGACGCCCACCUCGGUGAACUUCAUCGAGCCCACGUUCGACGGCCAGCCCAUCCCCUUGAUCCUCUGCGAGUACUGCGGCCAGCUCUUUGACUCGCGGAAGGGCCUCUCCUGCCACGUGCGCGCCCACCUGCGGCAGCUCGGCGUGCCCUGGUCGAGCAAGUCGUCGCCCAUCGACCUCCUCCGGCAGCUGAUGGGGAAGGGCGUGCCCCUGGAAGCCCUGGAGCCGUCGUCAGGCAAGAAGUCCCACAACCCCGCCUUCUGCGAGCUGUGCGGGUUCGAGUUCAGCCACCGGAAGGCGCUGGCGAGCCACGCCCGGGCCCACCUCCGGCAGCUGGGCGUCACCGAGUGGAAGAGCGACGGCUCCAAGGGGUCCCCCAUCGAGCUGCUCAACGAGUGGAUCCAGAAGGAGCCCGCCAAGGUGGCCGAGAUCACCCAGCGAUACCUGCUGGGGGACCUCUACAUCAAGAAGAGACCGGCGCCCCCCCCCGCCCCCCCGCUGGACGCUGUCCCUGCGGCCCCCAGGAGCCCUGAGCCUCUGGGGCCUCUGCCGGGCCCCCGGGCAGGCAGGGAGCUGCUGGGGGUCCCCGGAGCGUCCCCCAAGGCCGCCCGCAAGCUGUCCACCAUGGAGAGGGGCCCCGGGGGGCCCAAGCAGCUGGCCUUCAGCGACGUCACGGUGCCGUCCCCGACCCGCGUCCGCCCGCUGAAGCCGCCCGCCGCGUCGGGGCAGGAGAACGUGGAGGGCAGCCCCCCGCCCCCCCGGCCUGGCAACAUCCCCGCCCUGCUGCCCAUGCCCCCCCUCACCCCCCUGGUCAGCCUGGUGGGGAAGGUGUACUCCCUCAAGUGCAGGUUCUGUGAGCAGGUGUUCCAGGGUCCUCUCUCGGUGCAGGAGGACUGGAUCGCUCACCUGCAGAAACACAUCCUGAAGCUGGGCUACAAAGGCAAGGCCUCGCCCUCCCCCGCCGUCGCCAUGGCAACCCAGAGCAUGGUCGACCCCGCUGCCCUCUAGUCCCGCCCCCCUCUAGUCCCGCCCCCCUCUAGUCCCGCCCCCCUAUAAUCCGUCAAUCCGAUACAUGCAUGGCUACUGCAGAUAAAUCAGAAUUUAUGGUGCGUUUUAGUAUUCUUUGCGAACCGACUCGGGUCUCGGAUCUGACGCCGCGCCCCCGCUUCAAGCGUUUUAUUAUGUUUUGCUCGGUCGUUGGGUCCGUGGACGUUGCCUAGCGACACACACGAACACGCCCCUUUUCCUCGGACGGCGAACUCGCCAUCUCGGCUGAACCCAGCGGUGACCGAGCAAAAUUCCGAGACAGAAUUCAAGAUGGCGUGACGUCAGAUCCGAGAUCCGAGUCGGUUCGCAGAGAAUACUCGAACGCAGCAUCAGUUCAGCCGAGAUGGCGAGUUCGCCGUCCGAAAAAAAGGGGCGUGUUCGUGCGUGUCGCUAGGCAACGUCCUCGGACCUCCGAGACGGAUGGAUAAUAAAACGCAGCAUAAGAUGUACGAACGUGGCUAGAUUAAGACGGAGAAAGACCCAGACCCAGUACUGAAGGGAAAUUCAAAUCGAGGGGAAG